AUGCCCCCAAAGAGAGCGCGAAAGAACUCGCCUGCUGCCGAACGUCGCGAGCGCUUGACCCUGGCCAAACUGGCCAGCUAUGACGAUGUCGCAACCGAUGCGCUAGUGGAUCACGCCUAUUUUUGGACCACCACCCGCAAGAAUCGCACCAAGUACAGCCCUGCCCGCGGAAUCCACGAUGACGAUAUUGGGCGCAUUCUUCUCCACGAUGUGAUUGUCGACAAAGAUAUCCCCACGGCGGAACGCAAGCUGCUGGAGAUAUCAGGUUUAAAGAAAUAUAUGACAAACCUCCGUAGCCCUCGAGAGAAGGAGUGGUUCCGCCGACACCUCCGCAAGUACAUUCAGAUGUAUCUUCCAGACUGUCCUUUUGAGGUCACCACGACUAAUCGAUACAUUAUCACGCAACAUGAGGCUGCGAUCUGCGCCCGCAGAUUCAUCAAAAAGGGCGAGGAGAUCAAACACCUGAGUGGAACGCUUGUGUCUAUGACCCAUGAAGAAGAAUUGGAUCUCGGCUUGACCCGCAAAGACUUCAGUAUUGUGAUGUCGAGUCGCCGCAAGACCCCAUCCUUCUUUCUGGGUCCUGCUCGUUUUGCCAACCAUGACUGUGAUGCCAAUGGCAGCUUGACAACUAGAGGCAACGAGGGCAUGUCCGUCGUAGCCAUGCGUGACAUCCACGAGGGGGAAGAGAUCACGGUUUCCUACGGAGAGGACUACUUUGGCGUUGAUAACUGCGAGUGUUUGUGUCAUACUUGCGAGAUCGCUGUACGGAAUGGCUGGUCUCCAACUGUUGACACGGAAGCAAACAGCAAAGAGUCCAGCCCCGUGUCCGAAGCCACACCCGCCGAAGAUAGCAAUGCGAGCAGGAAGCGUAGACGCAGCUCAGACGUGGAUGAACCCGAGAGCUCUUCUACUUUGACUUGUUCCACUCCGCGCAAACGUGCAAAGUUCCAACGACAAAUUUCUAAGUUGCGAGAAGAGAUCUCGGUGUCUGAAAUCGCUGGGGAGUCAGGUCCAACCCGCAGACCAGACGACACCCCUAUUCAGGAUACUGUACUGAUUCCAACUGCUUUUCUGGCGGAAUCUGGGCCCCAGGUGUCCGAGUUAAAGAAAGAGAUCACAGAGCUAACCGCAGUGGCAUCGCCAACUGAUCCAGCAACCCCCCUCCCAGUUGUCACAGGGGUGGGACAACCAAGCGAGGGAACUAAUUCUACUAUCCCCACGGACUGCGAAUCUCCAAACUCCACCGCUGAUGAAUCCCACCGGUCGUCGACGUCAACGACCCCCACAACUGUGGACGAUAUGGGAACCAAGAUCAAGACAGAAGAUACUAUACUAGAGCCGUCUGAGUCGAAAACACUCAACGGCGAGGAUCAUCCCGAUGCCUCUCCUGAAGGUCAGCCCGCCACCGCCCAUCCCAUGGACAUUGACCCCGAAGAAGGAUUAUCAGACUUAUCAAAUUCCACUAAAUUAGACGACGCCAUUGUGGAUAAGCCCAAAAAGCGAAAGCCUCGCACCAAGCGGCGAUUUAUCGUAGACUCCGUCGAGACCGAGUCACAAGUUGCCCGAGUCCCUGGAGACUAUACCAAGACAUCACGAUUGCUUGCCCAGAAGUACGACCGCUGGGUGGAGUGCCAGACCUGUGAUACAUGGUUUCUCCAGUCAAACUCAUACCUCACGCGACGUGAAUGUCCGCGUUGCGAACGCCAUUCCAAGCUGUACGGAUACCAGUGGCCAUCAACAGACAAAAGCCCGGAUGGUGAAGAGCGAGUAAUGGAUCACCGCACCAUCCAUCGGUUCUUGUCCCCCGACGCACAAUCACGUAUCUGUCGCCGGGACCGCGGUGUUAGUUUUGGGAUCACCCCCACCCCCGAGCUGUCCGAUACAAAUACCCCAGAAACGGAGACUAGCGAUGCAGCCGAGUCUCGCCGUGAUGCUCGGGCAACUCGGCGUCGCACUAGAGAACUUCGUAUGACUAUGUAA